AUGCCAGUUCCUCAAGUGGCUGGUGAGCAGCGCAUCACGAGUGAGCCCUGGCUGAAUAGCCUUGAGGCGGUGAAGUUGCCCAGGUUCAUCAUUGGCCUCGCAAUCAACGCCUGGCGCCACGAUGUGAAAAAGUUCACCACGAAAGAUGUGGAGCAGAGCUCUCACUACAAUGAGGUGAUGAUCCUCAUGGCGGUGUGGUGCUCCUUGUUUGAGGAGGGUGUGGAGAGAAGCGCUUUGGUGGACAGGGAGCUCUCCGCCCCCGAGGUGCCAAGGCGCAUCCUCCCGCUCGCGGCCCGCCGCUUCGCCGGUGCUGCGGCACUCAUCCUGGUGGCCCUUGUCGUGUCCCCUUGGGCCAUCGCCUUCGAACAUGGCUCGCUGCGCUUCGUGCAAGGCGUGGCGCCAACGGCGUGGCAAGCGCUGCGCGCUGAGCUCACCGCCUCGGAGGCGCUGCCAACCGUUGGCCUGGCCCACAUCAGCUCGGAGGCUGGCAAGGUCCUCUGCGUGAUUGAUGUGACGCAGGCAACUGGGUGGAUAAUGACCUUCGGUUCCUUCGUCAAGUUCAGCACAGUGGCCUGCGACUACGACCGGAUCCGGCGCGUAAACAAGCGUGAGGUGAGGAACGACGAGCGGGAGCGCUGUACUACCGGAAUCUUCGGUAUCAUGUUGUCCCUCGAGCUGGGCAUGGGAGUGACCGCAUCCUCCGUCUCCACUUGUUCCGGUGCACUGAACGUCCCGUCGAACUGUGUGGCCAACAUCGGAGCAUUUACCGGUGGCAUCUCCACGCUCAUGCUGUGCACGCUCUCCACAGACCUUAUCUGCGCCAAGGGCGCGAAGCAGGCAAAGAAUACGCCUGAAGAGAAGAAAAACGCCAUGGUUGCCAACAAGGAGGCGAAGAUAACAAAGGCCAAGGACCAGGCCGCACGAAGUGUGAACAACUGGCUCAUCAAAGCAGGCUUCGAUGUAGACAAGCUGCCGGCCCCCCCUGCGCUAUCAGCUGACACCGUCUACGGCGCAAUCAACCGAUGUGUCGCGCAGGUUGCCUUCGGUGCAACUUUCGUCAUGCGCAUGGCCAUCAUUCUGGCCGACAGCACCAUCCAUUGUGCUCCGGAUGUAGUCUCGGAGGGGCAGCAAGGGCGCAUCUGUGCGAUUGACAUCACUGGUAUCCUUGCUACCUUGAGCCUGGCCAUCCGAUUCUUCUCCUUGGUGAGCUCGUCCUGCAUAAACAUCGUGGGCCGAACCGACAACGACGCGAACUGCGUUGCGUCCAUUGCGGGCAUUUCAGGUGCAACUAUGGCAGCUACUGCCUCCGGCAUGAACUUGGAGGCGGCGUGCAAGACAGCCUUUGGCGACUGGAAUCCCGACAACUGGCCGAAUGCCCGGCACCGUGUCAGCGCGACGGGCCAGAGCGACAAACACCUUGGGGAAGAUUUGAGCGUCCCCGCCGCGGACGGCAACGUCCUGCUCCCGGAGGUCUGA